AUGGAUAUUUAUGAAGCAGCAAGCCAAGGCCGCAUCGACGCGAUAAAAUUUGCCGUUGAGCAAGGCUGUGAUGUCGACGGUCCCAAUGAAGACGGGAAGACGCCUCUCUGGUUCGCUGUGCAGAGUGGCCAGCCAGAAGCCUGCAGAUUUCUUAUGAGUCUAGGAGCUGGCAGGGGGCCGCAAAAUCCUAGCCUCCUCGAAGUCGCUGUUGGAGGGGGGUACGCGGAUAUUGUCGCACUGCUGUGGCCGCACUGCAAUGCAGAAAGGGAACAUCGUUCUUUAAAAACUGCCAUCUCACUGGGCUUUCAUGAAAUCGCUGAUUUCUUGAUAGAGACGGGCGCGUUUGAAUACCAGGACUCUGAAGUCAGUGGCACUGAAUCCCUCAUAGAAGAUGGCUCCCCCGAGAGAGAAUCCACAGUUUUUCAGCAAUGGGAGCGAUUUCUGUUCGUGCGACGUGGGCAGAAGCUGCCUUUGCAUCGCGUAUUUUUUGACUACGCUCUUCUUCUCGCCACGAAGGCAGGCCGCAAUGCAGGGCUUCGACUGGUAGAGUUUCUGCUUGGGGAAUCCAUGCCCGACGUGAACUGCAAGAUCAUGAUCAAUGGGCAGUUUGAGACACCUUUGACGGCGGCCGCUGAGAAGGGUAACCUGGAGAUCCUCGCAACUCUGAUCGACCACCCAAACAUCGACUUGACUAUUUGUGGCAAGUAUAACUGGCCCGCUUUUCUCCACCUGCUAGCCAGCCCUCUGUCUAUCUCAACAGAAAGAGGCCGUGUCAUUGCACGCCGAUUGGCUUACAAGGCUGUCUACAAUAGGCUGUUUAUUGAUAGUCGGGAGAUUCGUUUGCAAGGUGCAUUCCAGAAUGUGCUUCGAUUCGGCGACGACGGCCUUGUGAAGCAAGUAAUUGAUCUCGUUCGUGGCGCAGCAGGAACUCUUAUACUACCCCUUCUGAUCAGAGCUAACGAGGUUGACGGUCUGACGUGGGUCUUGAACUGCGAUGGGGUCUCUUCAAAGAAACCACCACCAGCCUUUUGGGUCUUACUCUGUCAAUACUUCAAACGUUAUCAAGAUCAGGACGCUCUGGGACUUUUCACUAGCGUCACAGAAUUCUUGGUAGAAAAGAAAAUCUGGAACCAGGCCAUUCUGAAAUGUCUCCACGCAUGCAACUUCUCUUUCAUCCAGCAAUUUUUCUAUCCAUUGUCCGAGGCGCCCCCAAAGGAAGUGACAGAAGAAACACUGGUAGGAUUCCCAGCGGCGUCUACUAACCACUGCAUCAUACAAGAAUGGGCUGGCCAAGGGUUUGCCCGUGUCGCUUAG